AUGGCAGUCCCCAACCAGCCAGUCUACGCAAGAGAGUUCAGAAGAAAGGUACUGGAGAAGCUCUUUCCUGCCUCUCCUCCUGAUGUGGCCAUUCCAAGCGCAGAAGGGACAAGCAUUCUACAAUGCCCAGUAUCAGAGCGAGCAGGGUCUACCAAAGCAUCAGAAGGAUAUCCGUGUUUACCAGACAAAAGGGGAAUGAUUUUACCUCCAAGAAAAAUAUACACGGUGACUCCUCCUCCUGAAGACUAUGUACCGGAUGCUAACAGCGAGGUGAAUUAUGAGAUCUCCGAGAGUAAUGACGACAAUGACCGUGAUACUUCAGAAGAUAAUUAUCAAGGGCAACCCAUUAAAAAGCGCAUUAGAAGGAAGAAACGAAAGACUAUUUUGCAAAACACUGAUAAUUCACAUGAAGGCCAAGUGGAAUGUGGGAAGCAUGAAAAUCCCACUGAAGAUAAUUUACAGCUGGAACAUGCAGACCGGCACACUUUAAGUCGAAACAAAAAGAGAAAAAUGAAAAAGAAACGGCAAAGAGCAAGGAUGAGGGCAGCUGGCUUGCUAACAAAACCAACUGGUAUAGAUUUCACAUAUAAGCCUGAGAAGGAGGAAGGAACAAAUUUUGAAGAUGUGGAUAAAAAAGCAGACGACAUUCUGGAUUUUUUGCAGGCAACACAAGAAAUCUAUUUUUCUGACAAGCGAUCAAAAUGUGAAGCACCAUCAAUUAGUUCAGAAAGCGUCUAUGAGAGUCUACAGAAUCUUGAAUCUCAUAGCAUGGCUGCCUCAGAUGUCACUCUUCUGCACCAGAUGAAAUCCCUUGUACUUCUGCAGGAUGUAGAAAGACUGAAGGGUGCCAUGGAGGAGUUCCAGAGACAUUCAGCCAUGCCUCCUGAUGAUGCCAAGGCAAUCUCUUUGCUGUUUCUCUACUGGAUUACAGAUAUCCUUCCUGGGAAGAACAGGAAAUAAAGUUCAUGUGCACCUCCAUCUGUAGAGAGUUUAAAUUUAAUACACAAACUCUGCAUUGAAUUUGGGAAUGUG